UUCAGUCUUCUCACACCUAAGACAGUCUUAAGACACUCGUCCCCAGCCGGUCCAAUGUCUCCAGGGACGCCCCAGCCAACAGAGGUGAAGACCAAGCAGCUGCUGGAUGUGAGUGCUGACCACUUGGGGGGCAGGGAGGCCCAGGAGGUCCCCCCUCUGAAGAACUAUGUCUACCUGACCAUCCUCACUUGCUUCUGCCCAGCCUGGCCUGUCAACAUCGUGGCUCUGGUCUUCUCUGUACUGUCUCAGAACAGUUACGAUGAGGAGGACUAUGAGGGUUCCGCGAGGCUCGGUAGGAAAGCCUUUCACAUGGCGAUAGCCUCCAUGAUCAUUGGCCUCUUGAUCAUCCUGAUCUUAUCCAUAGUGCACUUUACCACGAAUGCUGUAUGAAUGCUGGAGGAUGAAAGAUGGCAACAUUCACCAGGAGUGAUCAUCUCCUGGGGAAGGAUCCUCUCUGGGCACUUUCAUGAUCAGACCAGACAUUCUUCAGAGCAUCGUCUGCUGAUCGGGCUUGAGCCUUUGAAUCCUGGGAUGGAUCAUCUUGUCUGUAUUCUUAUUAUGAUAACCCUCACAUCAGUUUACUUUGUAGUAAAAACAGAAAGCAACAUUCAGCGGUCUUAUUGUAAUGUACAGUAUGCUGUUGGCCGCAUCUGAUGGAACAUGCAGUCUAUGGAACCAACCCACAGAUCAUUUUCUGACAUGAAACUUAAAAAAGCAUUAUAUUGUCAGUAUUGUAUAGUAGCAUUUUAUACAUUUUUUAUGAAUGCUUAUUGUUUAUACAUACCGAAAACACAAAAGUAUUGUACACCAGCCUAAAGGUCAGAGGCAAAUGAAUUCAGAUGGUUAAAGGGGCAUGAUUCCUGUCAUUCAUUUCUAUGUAUGUAUGUUUUUCAUUUUAUAGAUCUUGACAGAGUAAAAUCUAUGUAGGGUUGUUUAAAGGACAAGCAGUUGUUGAUGCACUGAGAGCUUGCACGAUCCUAAUGAAAUGUGAACACAGAUAGGGUUCAGUACAAACAUGCCAUAUACCCUGUGGUGUUCUCCUGUAUCAUAGCCUGAUGAUGUCUUACAGCUGCUCUGUCUUAUAUUUUAUCAUCUGAUGGAAAAAUUAUAAAAAUGAAAUAGUACUGAUGAAUGUAGAAUUUACAUAUGUAUUCAUAUUUUCUUACUUUUACUAUGGAACUGAAAUGGAUGUUCAGCCACUUGUGGUAAAGAACGUGUGUGUUGUAUUCCAAUAAAUGUUGUGCAAUUUUAAA